GCGAAGACAUAAAUACAGUAUCAAUAAAGAUAAUUGUUGUCAUGACUUUAAAAUUUGCCAGUAAUCUGUCUUUUAUGUUUACCGAGGUUCCUAGUAUUAUUGACAGAUACGUACUGGCUAAGCAAGCUGGAUUUAAAGCAGUUGAAAGUGGAUUUCCAUUUGGCUUCUCUGUUCAGCAAGUUGCCACAGCCAAAAAGAAGGCUAAUAUUGACCAAGUACUUUUGAAUGUUUUCACAGGUGAUGUUACAAAAGGAGAAGUCGGUUUUGCUGCUAUUCCAGGUGAAGAAGAAAAUUUCAAAAAAAGUAUUGACAAAACAAUAGAAUAUGCAAAUGCUUUGAAUUGUAAAAUGAUUCAUGUGAUGUCAGGAAAAGUGGAAGCUUCUACUACUGCUAAUGAUAUAGUUUAUGAAAAAAAUCUAUUGUAUGCUAUCGAAAAGUGUCAAAAAGAGGACAUUAUUGUUGUCAUUGAACCAAUUAAUAAUUAUAGUGUACCAAAUUACUACAUGAAUAAUUUUCAAAAAGGUUUAAAUCUGGUGAAAAAAAUAAACAGUGCAUACUUCAAGCUGUUGAUGGAUAUCUUUCACUUACAACAUUGUUGUGGUAAUAUUACAAAAUGCAUUCAAGAUUUUUUACCUUACAUAGGUCACAUUCAAGUAGCUCAAGUUCCUGAUAGACAUGAACCAGAUACUCCAGGAGAGAUUGAUUAUAAAUAUGUCUUGUCUUUGUUAGAAACAGCCGGUUAUACUGGCUAUGUUGGUUUGGAAUAUCGACCGAAAUCAUUAACAGUGGAAGGGUUAAUUUGGGUUAAAAGAUAUGGUUACACUUUAUAAAUAGGUAUUCAAACAGAUACCGCUCCAUAAAUUUGGAAACACCUUACAUUAUAGAAGCAAACAUGACCUAUACAUGUUUUUGAUUUAAAUAGAUCAUAAAACGUCCAAAUUACGAUGAACAUUUUUAUCUAGAAUACCUAUAAGCUUGUACAUACAUACCGAAAAUAUAUCGGACAAUUAUUUCACAGCAUCGGAGCGCUCAAGGUUGAAUUUCGCAUUCUGGUCUAUUAUUACUCGUUUUGCCACAUCCUCGGCUACUUCGCACUUGUAUGCAUUGUAAAUACACAUUACAGGUCGUUUGAUUAUAGUUUCUGUUAGAGUGAUAAACUGUUUGUGUGAGUUACAAGUUGAUUUCAAACUCCGUAAAAACCGUAAAAACUACAAUAGUCACCGAAAAUGGCCCUGAAAAGAAUUAGAUUUCGUAUGAAUCGUAUGUCAAGAUAGAAAUAAUUGUCCGACAUAUUUUUGGUAUAUA